GACGGCGGCUGCUGGAGCAAAGAUGGCCACUUCACUGCUACGACAUUACCCUCAUCCUCGACUCAUCAUCUUUUCUAGCUCCUCGAGAGGAUCGCCGUAGAGUGUCAAUCUUUUGACGUUGAGCUCUGCUCCUUCAGAAGCUGCCUACGGGAACCCGAUCAAUCCUGCAUGCCGAAGUGCCUGUUGGUUGAGCGAGUGCAAGGCAAUCACGUGCCCUGAUCCGUCUCGUCUGCCAAUAUUGCAGCAACGCUCGUUCUUCUCGACGCGAUCGUCUAUCUCAAAGAGCGGUCGCCAUGUCUUCUUCAUCGUCUUCGAGAAAGAGGACCGAGCACAUCGAGCGGACGAGGUAUCCAAAUCCUUUGCCCCUGCCUCCCUACCCGCCCAAGCAGCUGGCCAUCAAUACGCCUCCUUCGCGGUAUGUCGACCCUCGUUUGUUUGGGCAGCGGCUUGCCGCCUCAGUCCCCUUGCCAAUGGUAGUGGAUGCCGAGGCUGGCAUGCCUCUCGACAUGACUUCCUUUCCAGCCUGCUGGUACACCGACCAGGAGCUCGCCGACGCAGACGCUCAGGGCCGCGGAGGCGUCUUUCCCAUUUUGGAUCGAAGCCAGGUGCAGAUCGAUGAGGAGGACGCCUUUUUGCUGAGCGACUUGAUGAGCACGAGCACCACCAUCAACGGAGCUACAGCUGCCGAUGGCAUCGAUGGCACUGCCACGCCCGAGAGAGGGCAGCCCACCUGGCUCAAGCGUACUGAAUAUCUCGCAGCUGCCGAGAAGAAGGCGAGGAGGUCUGAGCUGGCCAGCAGACAUGCCAACGUAGAGAGUAUCGAUGCUUCGAGAGAAGCGCAGCUGGCAAGAAUCAAAGUGACCUUCGAAGCUGCCAAUCAACCCCUCGAGACGCUGCGACACCCCACAAAGGGCCACCUUCGCGCCAUAGACGCCUUCCCACUGCUGCCAGACACCGACACAUGGGCGACAAGAGUCGACGUGUUCCGCUUCGGCGAUGCGCCAGGACGUCACAUUGACAACCGCCCCGCACAUGAUCCCCGUCUUCAGACUGCUAUUCUUCGUCCUCACCAGGACACGCUCGGGCAGCCCCUUUUCUCGCUCUUUGCCAUUGAUGCUCCCGAAGCCGAAGACAUAGUCGAGCAAGAAGACGAGGACAUGUUCGGAAGUGGCGAAGAGGCUGACGACGGCGAUGACGACGACGAAGAUCGGCCAAAGAAGGGAAAGGCUCCUAAGACGCGGAGGGCGUUCCGAAGCAGAGAGCAACAGCUUGCAGCAGAAGAUGCAGAAAGCCGGAGAGCUGUGGAUGCAAGGAUUCGCGGCAUGAAGACAGAUGCGGAAAAGCAGGAUGUCCAGGCAGAAGUAUUCGAGACUGCCGACAGCGAGGAGCGCCCGAUACACAUGGCGCUACUGCGAGACUAUGAGACACAUGACGAAUCGAUGCGCAAGGACCAGGAGCUAAUUGUUAGUUUCCUCACCGGACCUUCUCGAAUCGAACGAGAUGAUGCGAGUGGAGCCGGACCAGAGGCAGGAGAGGCCAACAAUGGGGUCUUGCCCCCACUCACAGCGUACGAAAAAAGCUUUCAGACCAAAAGGGGAGAUGCGGUCCAUGCCGGAAACGUCGCUCUAUACCAUCCAGUGUCUAUGAGAGCUUCACUCCGAGUCAAGAGAAGGAGGCCUAUCGACCCUCAGCCACCCGAGCAUUGGGAUGCAAUCAAUCUGGGCAAGAGGUCCGUGUCCACUUACGAAAGGAUCGAGCGGCUCCACGAGCGGAAACUCGUCGACGACUUAGACCUUGGGCUAUUGCCCGAGCGCAUUCCACUGCCCGAGCCAAUCGAGGAAGAAGCGGAAGAGACCGUGGGAGAGGAAGGUGUCGAGGGGCCAGCUGGUGCCAUUGAUGAGGUCGAAAAGGAGGACGAAAAUGUUGACGACGAUGAAGACUCAAGAGCGACGCCUUCGCAAAAGGCUCAGGAGCCUGCCGAGGUGGGAGCAGAAGGAGCGGAUGAAGAUGAGGAGGAGGAGGAAGAGGAGGAAGAGGAAGAGGAAGGGGAGGAAACUGUGAAAAAGCACAAAAAGUCAAAGGCGGGAUCAGGCUCGGACUCGGACGACGAAGAUGAUGAGGAGGGCUCAGAUGAAGGAAUGGACGAUGAUGAGCUCGAAGCGCUCCGCGCCGAGGCAGGAGCUGAUGCGGCAGAGGACGAGGGCGCAGACGAAGCAGUUGGGGCGAGGCGGAGCCGACGAGGGCCUAGACCUGUCAGACAGACCGAGGAAGCGGAGAAGGAAGAUUCCCUCGGCGCAGAAGCCAGGGGGAACGGUGCUGACGAGAUGGACGUUGAUGAGGACGCCUAAACCAAAGGAGACGGCCGCACCGGCUGAGACGCAAAGGCCGAAAUGUAAUCUAAUUUUAUCAGUCAACCACCUCUGGGAUGAACUCAAUUUUCUCGUACUGCC